CAGAUCCACUGGAAACCCAACUCUACAUCAGGAGACCAGUACAAAUGUCUGGAGUGCCCUUAUUGCUUUAAGGGACAAGAGCCUUCUGUCCCGUGCGGUAGUUCUGUUCCAUACAAAACUCCAGUCGACUGUGUAGAAUGCCAAAGUGGUAAAACGUACUCAGACGAAGACGGCAAAGAACAGUGUAAAGCGUGUAGGAUGUGUUCCGGGAAAGCCAUAAAAAAGAACUGUACUGUUUCAUCAAACACUGAAUGUGAUGAUAAAUGCUUGCCCGGGUAUUAUGAGGAGCCAUUUAUCUUCGGAUGCCAUCCUUGCACAGACUGCUGUAACGAUGACAAAGAUGAAAUCGCAGAGGAAUGUGCAAAUUCGAAGAAGAAAUGUAAGGUUCGUUCAAUGCCUUGCAAAAGAGAAUCAACGCUGUCUUCAAAUGCAGGUACGGUUGGACAAUCGACAUUAACCGCCCUACAGACAAGUCAUAAACCCAGGAAACAAGUGUCUACAAUUCCACCUAGCUUGCCUGGGAACAGUCGUGUUGUUGAUGAUGGUGACAAACUAGCAAACUUUCAAAAAGACAACACUAAUGGUGAUGAUAAUACAGUAAUUAUUACUGUAUCAGCAGUGUUUGCAGUGCUAGGGGUGUUAAUUGCAAUUGUUAUAGUGCUGGUCCUCGUAUAUCAAGGACAAAUACCCGUAGAUACCGCCUUGUGUCGCUGUGAUAGACGUUCAAAUGAUGACGGUGAAAUGGAAGGCUAUCACUCUACAACUACGUCACAAGAGCAGCUUCAGCAAGGUAAAAAGUUUUUUUAAUACUUAAAAUUAUUAAAGUGAAACCUGUUUUAAGUCAACUGAUAUAACACAGUGGGAAAAAGGUCCCAAUUGUUAUAUCGACUGAGAAGUGCCCGCCAUAAUUCUUUUACGCAGUGGUAUUCAGUGACAUCAUAUGUUGAUGCAUUACUGAUACAAGAGGUAUAAAUACUGAAAUAAAUACGAACAACUGAGUGACUAUCAUUUCUCGCAAUCACCUCCAAGGAUAUAAGAGACAAAAUAUUUAAUGACAAAGAAAGGCGAGUAUUUUGCGUGAAUUCUAAUCAGGGGCGGGGUCAGCUGAAAUUAUGUUGCGGUGUUUUUUAGAAUAACUCCACAGCUUAAAACAACAUCAACAUACUAACCUGGUUAUAUUUUAUAGGGUGUAUGACACUUACCGAGUUGGAGAGUAAUAACCAGGACCUGUUUGACUGGGUGUGCUUGAUGCUUGAUAGUGGAAAACGAUGGUUCAGGUCGGACUAUGAACUUUUAGCUGCACAGUACAAGGAUAUUCCACUUGUUAUACGCAACACCUUGAAAUCCGAGCUUCAAAGAGGAGAAAGUCCUUCAAGGUUGUUAAUGACUAAACUCCAAACAAUGAAUCCAACUCUUCCUUUAUGCGAUCUUGUCGGGAAGCUGAAAAAGAUUGGACGUAAUGACAUUGCCAGAAAACUAGCGCCUCAUGUGAAGAACAAUGUUGAAAACCUACCUGCUUAG